AUGAACCCACCCACGCUUACUCCUACGACGAGUGGUGGUUUUGGUUUUGGUGGUAGAAAUGAGGAGGAGGACAGAGUGCGAAUGGUAUUGGAACGGAUGAUGAUGAUGAUGAUGGUUUUUAAAUCAUCAUCAAAAUCACGUGGUGGUGGUUCUCAUUCUUCUUCUUCGCAACUGUAUUUUGUUGAUGAUGAGGGUGAGGAUGAGGAAAAUAAAGCGGGGAAGAAAAAGUGCGUUUGGAAACACUUGGACGAGGAAGAAGAGAGAGAAAGUACAGACGUCGUUUUUCGAUGCGCGAAAGAAAUCGCGGAAAAAUCCUUUGCCGCGUUAGACGUGUACCGGUUACAUUUUCUUUGUUUCACUCAAAAUCAUCGUCGUGUUUGUGAUGAGACGGAAGGAGAAGAAGAAGAAGAAGAAGAAAAGCGCGAGCGAAGAAGAGCAUCAAACAAAAGAACAAAAAGAAGAAAAAGAAGAAGAAGAGCAGAGUUGGUCCUCGCAAAACUCUUGUUUAAUAACGGAGACUACUUGUGCGCUUUGGUCGUUUUAAGUUUGAGAGUAGACGAAGAAGACGACAUCGUAUCGUCGACGUCCGCGGUAGAGGUUGAGGAGGAUGACGGUAUCGAAGAAGAGACAAAAACGCUCGAGGGCAAGUGCGCGGAAGAGAUUUCAAAGAAACGACUGGAGAAAAAGAAGCGCGAGAAAUCCUUUGCUAAUGCGCAUAAACAAGAACACGAGCAAGAAAAUUUUGAACAGGAUUCAGUAGAUGUAACAACAACAACAACACCAUUGCCGACGCAGCAGAACGCAAACUUUUUUUACGACGAUAUUCCCGCCGUGCUCCUUCGAAAUGGCGCGUACGAAACAUCCAAAGCAAUUGGAUUAGCACGACUCGCGUCUACGUCCACUUCUACCGAUCGAACGAACAACAUCAUUAACGAUGAACAAAUAGCCGCGGCAAACGCUUACAACGUCGCUUUAGCGUGUUUAGGUGCGAACAACGACCUCGAAUCGGCGCUCGAAUUGCUCUCUCGAAGCGACGUGCUUCGAACGUAUCGUUUCGACCAAAACUAUUGGUUGCGAGUUUCCUCCUGCAUGCUUCAGUGGCACGAUAAAACCAAAAGCAAGAAGACGAGCGAUGAAAACAGACGACUUUUGAAACUCGUAUCUUCGUGUAUACGCUCGGCAAAGUUUGUAAAAGAGUUACGCCAAAGAGGCUGGAACAUAUUUUUGAUCCUCCGUUCUCGCGGGAGGGAUACUAAUAAAGAAGAAGAAGAAAACGAAAAUGAUGAUGAUGAGAGCGUUUCUUCUUCUUCUGCGCUCCUCGACGAGAUCUGCGAUAGGUUUAAAGUCGCCGCGUUCGAGUGCAAAUCUGGUAGUACUAUUACGUAG